AUGAGUAUUUCAAACGAGAAUGGUCAGAACUCAUUUAGUUUGUAAGAUGAGUUCUUCUAAGGUCCAAACGCAGAAAUGAUUUCAGGUAGAGUAAUACUUGGGAGUGGGGAAUCCAAUAGAAAUGCCCCUGAAAGUUGGAAUUCGUUAUCAGUUCCUGAAUAGCAUAAAUUAGCAGAUAUCAGUUAAUAAUCAAUUAAUGUGAUGCCUAUAGAUAUGCAUAAAUCAAUGAAGAAUAUGAGAAAAUCUGAAUAUUAAUCUGCUUAUGCAAUAGAAGAUGAAGUAGAAGUAGGAGGAAAACCAUAAUUUCUUAAGUUAAUUAUUGCAAAAAGCUUUUAAAAUAAUUUUAUUAACAAUCUUUGGAAUAGAUCUUAUUUAAGGAAGCUUCAUUAACUUUCUUUUUAUCAAAUAUAAGCACUUGAUGAUUUGUAAUUAGAAAAUGAAGCAUAUUUACAUAAUGAAAAGAGAACUUUAACAAAAUGGGAAGCUUUCAAGAGAUUUUUUUCAUACAUUGAGGUAUUUACUCCAUACAGUUAAUUAAUAUUUAUUUGGGGACUAUUUUAAAUUUUAACAUAUUUGUUAAUAUUUUUUUGGCUACCAUAUAAAAUUUCAUUCAAAUUGGAAUCAAUAGGGGAUUUUUUGGGAGUAAAUUCAUACAAGUAAUCGUUGGAAAUAGUUUUUCUAACAAUUUUGAGUUUAGAUGUUUUUGUUGGUCUGAACUUAGCAUUUAUACAUAAGGGUAUAAUAAUUCGAAAUAGAAAACGAAUAUUGAUAAAUUAUUUUAGAUAGUAUGCAUUUGUUGAUUUGGUAUAAAGUGUUUAAUAUAUAAGGAUUUAAGGUUUCGCUGAGUACUGUGACUGUAUAAUUCUUUAUUCUCACAAACGAUGACGAAUCUAACUAAAUGCUGAUAAUAUAAAUAGUUUUAUGUGCAAUAUUUUAUGUACUUCGAUUAACAAAAAUCAAUAAGAUUUUGGCUUAAAUAUAAGAGUAAAUGAUGUUGUUAUAAAUAGAUUUUUCAAUUUGUAUGGGUCUUUAAAUGAUUUGGUUGGUUUGUUAAAGUUAACAAUGAUGAUUGUAUUUAUAGCCCAUAUAUGUGCUUGUGUGUGGCAUGGUCUUGCAUUUUAUAAUGAAGGUUAUUCUUGGUUGGAUGAAUAUGAUCUAAGAGAUAAGGGGAAUGCAUCUAAAUACAAUAAAGCAUUUUAUUGGGCUACAAUGACAAUGACUACAGUAGGUUAUGGUGAUAUAACUGCUAAAAAUAAUAUAGAAUUAUUGAUGAAUAAUCUGACAAUGUUGAUAGCAUCAAUAGUGUUUGCAUAUUCAGUAAAUAGUAUAGGAAUAUUUGUAUCAAAUAUGUAUAAAGGUGCAAUGGAAUAUAGUAGGAGUGUGACACUAAUAAAUACAUUUAUGUCGAAAAAUAAGAUUUAGUUUGAAUUAUAAACAAGAAUUAGAAGUUAUUUAGAAUAUAUUUGGUAAGAGGAGUAAAACAUGAAUGAUGAAGAAGUGUCGUCAUUAAUUUGUAAAUUGAGUAGUAAUUUGUAAGAGGAAUUAUAAUAUUAAUUAAGGGGAAAUAUUUUAAGUAGUUGCAAAGUGAUGGUAAAGACUUUCUCUGAAAAAAUGAUAAAAACUUUAUUGGGAUAAAUGGAAGAAUAAAGUUUUUCACCAGAAGAGCGAAUUAUUACUCUAAAUUAAUUAGAUGAUUCUUCAUUGUACAUUAUUACAAAAGGAGAGGUAGAAAUAAUAUUCGAAGGAUUUAAUAAUUUAAAUGAAAGAAUUUAGAGGAAUAGUUUAAAAUUUCUUUAUUAAGGUGAUUAUUUUGGAGAAUUCUCUUUUUUUACUGGUUAAUUAAGAAAAGCAACAGCUAUUUCAAGAGCAUUUACUAAAGUUUUUAAAAUAAAGAGAGAGAACUUUAUUAAGAUAUUAUAAUCAUAUCCAAAUGAUUAUGAAAAAUACUGUUAACUAAAUCAUACACUUUUGCAUUAAGAUUAUAGUGCUCUUUAAGUAACUUGUUAUAGUUGUUAGAGUAAUUAACAUUUAAUUGAUAAGUGCAAUUAUUUACAUUAUUGUCCUGAUAGAGAAGGUAUACUAAAAAAAGAAUUGUAUCCUUAUGAUUAGGCAAGGAAUAAAAAGAUAGGAAGAUAGAAUAGGGAUAAAGAAAUUAGUCCUUGGUUGAUGACUAAAAGUUUGGUUAUGAAAGCUAAGGAAAUUUAAUAGGAAUAAUAAUAUUUAGCAAGUAGGGGAACUGAUUUUGAAGAGUAUGAAUAACACUCAAAUUUAAUGAAUGAUGUUUAUGAAGAUGAAAGUAAUGUUAUAAUAAUAUUGAUAAGUUGAAAUUGAUGUGCCAUCAUCUUUGAAUUAAAGAAGUAACUCUAGAUCGUUUAGUAAGAUUAGUUAGAAACUGCAUUAAUAAACUACAAUAACAGAUAAUGAUGAAGAUGAUUCUAAAAAUUACUCUAGAAAACCAGUAAAUCCUAGGGCCACUCUAUAAACAGCUGGAUUUGGUGGAGGGAUGAGAGAAAGUAUUAGAGUUGAUUAAAUGAGAGAUGAUGAAUAUUAAGAUAUUUCAGAAGAAGAAUCAGAAGAAGAGAAGGAUUAAGUAUUAAUGCAAUUACCAUUACCUGUAAAACAAAAUUAAGAAGUUCACAGAAUUCAAUAAUAAAAAAUUACUUUUACAAGAAAAGAUUCUUCAGAAGAAAUCAUUCCUCGUUAAUCAUCACUUAGAUCUCAUACUUAUACUUAAAAAGGAAGAUAAUCUUAAACAAUCAAAAGAACUUUGACUCCAGAAAAAAUAUUUCCACCUACAGCAUCAGAUUUAGAUGUUAGAAAUCAAUAAAAAAGAGCUACUUAAAAAAGAUAAUCUAAUACAAAUAGAACUUUUACAAGGAAUCAAGGAAGGGAAAUGACAAAUGAUGUUAAUCAUACUUCCAUUGUUGAUAAUCAGACAUACAAUCCACAUAUUACCAAUUCCAUUUUUUAUGACUUUGAUAAAAUGCAAAUCUACGUGUAUUAUUUUCCUCUCAACAAUUAUGAUAUUAUUAUUAAAAGGUAAAAUCUUAUCAUUUUAUUUUUCUUAGAUAUGCUAGAUUACAAAAGUUUUUUGGAAAGAAACGACUUUACCCUGAAUUCUCAAAAUAUUCAUUUUUCUUUUUAACAAUUAAAAAAGGAUGGAAACUUAGAAAAUUAGGAGAUAAAAUUACUGGAUUUAAAUAUGCUGAAUCUUUAAAAAAGCCCUUCACCAAGACAUUUCAGAGUAUUAAAACAGUCAAAAAAAUGGUUCAUAACACCACUGGAAAUGGAGGAGGAGGGACCUCUCCUUUAAGAUUAUAGUCUUUUAAAUGA